ACACUGAAAUAUAUUUUCCCUUUAGGCCCAAGCCCUAAUGCUCUUCAGGAAGCAACAAUAAAACUCAUAGACCCACAAAUUUGCAACAGAAAAGAAGUGUACAAUGGUGUCAUUACACCGAGGAUGUUGUGUGCAGGAUACUUGGAAGGAGGAGUAGAUGCCUGUCAGGGUGACUCUGGUGGGCCACUGGUUACUCCAGAUUCUAGAUCCAUGUGGUACCUUGUGGGAAUUGUGAGUUGGGGAGAUGAAUGUGCCAAGCCCAAUAAGCCUGGGGUCUACACACGUGUGACUUACUUCCGAACCUGGAUUACCUCAAAAACUGGCAUCUAGCACAAACCCCAAAGUGGAUAUAACUUCUCAGGCUGUAUGCAGGUCAUACUAGUAUAUACCAAGGUGUUAUUGAAUGUAUCUAUCCCUGCACAGUUUUGGUCAGUUCCUGUCCAAAGCAAGCACUAGCUUCAUUGUUGGAGAUGUGACAAUCAAUCCCUCACAUAUUUACUUUAAUGUGUGAGAUCACCUUCCUCAUUUCUGAGCUCUGAAUGGUUCUGACACAGAAAAGGAGACUAAUGGACUCAAUCGAACUAACCUAAAAGAGCAAAAAGUUGUAUUUAUUUUUAGCAGUUUAAAAGUAUAUCUACUCUUUUUUCCCCAGGAACAGGGAGUUACUCUGCAGCCUGUCAAAGGUUUGGGGAUACCCACAGCUCUUCUAUCCAAUUCCUCUGCUGAGGGCAUAUCUUAGCUGCCACUAUAUUUGCUAAGCAGUCUUAGGCUUAAGUCUCUCCUUCAGAGCUCAAGACCUAGACAGACUGUAGUUAAGUCAGGGCAUCUUCCCUCCAUUUACUGAAAGCCUGGCUUUCCCUGCUGCCAUGUGGGCUACUAAGAGCCUGGGAAAGUUGCAGGAAGCAGGUCUAAGGGAAAUCCAAGCUAAGAUAAAAGAGGAUUUCAGUGUUUCUAGCAAGCUUCUGUUAUUCUGCUAUGAAGCAUAUUUAGUGUAUUCAGUGAAGCACAAGUUAUUUUUUAAUUUUGUUUUAAAAGAUCUUUAUCACAAUCAUAUGCUACAACCACAUUACUGCCUCCCUAGCUGACUUCUUCCAUCUUGCACAGUAUACUUGAAGGACAGGAACACAGGAUGUAUCUUUGUUUGGUGCUUAAUGUGCAAUAACAAUGUAUGUGGGCGGGGGGAGGAGAGGAAACCCACCCCCACCCUCACCCUCACUUCCACCCUAACAAGAAGGUUAAUUACAUUGCAGAAAAGAAACCUUCCCUUUUGUAUUCAAGCCAACAAGUGGGUAUUUUUUAAGGGAGACAAAUGCCCACCAGAUAUAAUUUGGGAAUUAUAUUUUAAAUGAAGACAGGAUUGGCCCUUCUAAGUUUCCUGCUGUGGCAGCUAACUCGCAAAAAAGGAAGCUAUAGGUGGGAAGCUUCCCACUCCAUUGGUGGCUUUAUCCCAGCAGAGGAUAACUGGUAAUCUGUUGCAUAAGACUGCAACUGAGAAGUAAUUGUAAACCUCAAAAGAAAGUCCCCUAGUGAUGACGAACCUGCCCCUAAAAUGAGACCUUUGCAUCCAACCCCUGCAAAGAUCUCAGUAAACUUUUUUAAAGAAUGCCAUCAUGUUUACUGCUGGUGUUAGGGGAUCCAAGCUUACUAUCCUACCUUCAACCCCCUGCAUGACCCACCAUUGCUACCUCUAUAUGAGAAACCACAAGGACUUCACUGGUGGUUCCUCCUUCUGUCUCUGAUUUGCCACAAAGCCCAGUAUGGGGAAUAAGAGCUGUACAUGCCACUGCUGAAUCUCUGUGGAACAAAAUCUCUUUGAAACAAUUUGCCUCCAUUUCUGUCCAUCUCUGUUUAAUUUCAUCUUCUCUUCAACCAGCUCCACAGGGAUAUUGGUGACCAACACCAGCCGAAGCAGCAAUGCGCUUAGUUACAAACAAAGCACCUAGGUGUCUAAAUAUGCUUUGAGGUGCUUUCAGAUACUUUUCACAGUUUAUCUGUGGCAUCUUGACCCUGGGCAAAACGGGUAUUAUGUCUCCAAAGUUCUAGUUUUUCAUUGUUUUUUUUUAAGAUGGUGGCAUUUCUAGUCUGUUUGUAACACAGCCAGUAAAUUAUGAAAGGUGUCUUAGGAUGUAUAGAGAUGGUUAAAUGAAACGGGUCUAUUACCUCAACUUAUUGACAUAGUUUGCAAGCUGUGCACUUUUGGGUUGCUGCAAUUUUUCAGCUAAGAAUGCAGUCUGGGCUGGAUCCAAUACUCAAUGGAAACCUCAGGAGGAUUUGCACCAGGCCCUCUCUGGACACUGUUUUCAGUUAGAGUGAAUGCCCGCUAUUUCUGAUAGAGAAACCAUUGUAAUCUCCAGAAAGAGCAUCAUGAAAGAAUAAAAUAAAGUCGAAAGAUCAUGGGUCUGACUCUCCAAAGGACGUUUUUUACAUACACAAUUUGUACCUGAAAAAAUGUGCACAAACUUUUCUGUAGCUUUAAUGGAACUGUAGGUGUAAACUGGGAUGCUUGCCUCUAUAACGAACUGCUGGAGUGCAUUUGGAAAGUGGGUGGUUAGAACGGCAAAGGUUGCUUUGCACCCAAUAUUAUUUUUUUGCUGACACAGAAGGUGGGCAGCCCAAGGUUUGUGAUCCCUAAAAAAUGGAUCCCUACUUUAGACUGAAAUUGAUGUCUCAAAUGCAUGUGUAUGCCUUCCUUACGGAGUAAGAAAGGCAGCUUUUACUUCAGAUGUUCCCUGUGAGGAACCAAAACAACCAUGGGGAACAUGAAUAUCUUACUCAGGGACUGGUGAGAUAUCCAGAUGCACUGCUCUUCGCAAGCUGCUAGUGAACUCUGUGUGGCCUAGUUUCAUCUUUACUGAAAGUCAUUUUUUUAUUUAGGAAGACUCAGUUUGUUAUCAGCACAAGAACAAAAGAAAGAGAAACCUAUAUAAGCAAAGGAAAGAUUUAAAGCCUUUAUAUUAUUAUUAUUAUCAUCAAUAAACUAUAGUAGUGAUUUAAACAA